GGGAUUCAUCAAUCCAUUGCUGUUCUUGGCCCGGCGUCACAUGUAGCGGCAGUGGCCAUGUUAUUGGUCUUGACCUCAGUGAGGAGUCGAUUUCUAGUGGGAUUGACAACUCAAGCAGUCUCUUCAAUCUUCAUCAUCUUCAGAGCCUUAGUUUGGCUUGGAACAGUUUCAAUGGCACUCGGAUUCUGUUGUUACAAGAGUACUUGGAUUCCAUCUGGGUUGGGCAAACUUGUUAAUUUGCGCCACCUCAACCUCUCCAAUUCUGAAUUUUCCGGACAAAUCCCGGUUGAGAUUUCCGGCUUAACGAGGUUGGUCUCUCUUGAUUUUUCUAUAUGGAGCUUGCAUGUAUUGAGACUUGAGAACCCAUAUUAUGUAUUGAAACUUGAGGAUCCAAAUUUGUCGAUGCUUGUUCGCAAUUUAAUGAGGCUCGCGGAAUUACACCUCCAAGGAGUCGAUCUAUCUGCGGAAGGACAUAAUUGGGGUCGUGCCUUGUCUUCACUACCUAGGCUAAGAGUAUUGAACCUGGCUGACUGUCUUCUUUCUGGUCCUAUUGAUUCCUCUCUAGCUGAGCUGAGGUCUCUCUCUGUAAUCCGAUUGGGUCGCAACAAUAUCUCUGCUCCAGUUCCUGAAUUUUUGGGUCCAAUCCCUUCAUCUCUAGGAAACUUGCAGAAUCUCGAGUCCUUGGACCUUUCUAGCAACACCUUGACAGGCAAUAUUCCUCAGCAACUAGGAGGCCUGAAUUUUCUUGAGGUCCUUAACCUCUCACAUAAUCAACUAGAAGGAAGAAUCCCAAAAGGAAAUCAACUUCAAACAUUUUCAGAAGAUUUCUUCAAAGAUAACAAGGGAUUGUGUAAUUGCACCAAACCAGAAGUCCUUCUUCAAUCCGCGUCUGCACUCCGGGAUGACCUGCAAAGCCCCGAGGUGAAACUCGGGGCAGACACUCCGAUGCUUAAGUCAGCAAUAAUCGGGGCUACCUUUAGAGCGGAGAUAGAAAGAGCUUAGGGUUGGUUUCAAUUACCUUUUGACGUGGCCCGGGGGGGUAUUUAUAGGAUC